UUCCUCAAUUUGGCCUGUAGCUCAGUGCGUACUCCUAACCAGACCAAACAUGUCGUUCGUGGACACUCUUCGCCAGUGGGAUGAGGCUAUAACUUGUGCAGACAGACAGGAUUUUUCAGAGGCGCUCAAGAUCUUCCUGUCUAUCAAAGAACCCAACUCCAAAAUUUGCUUUGACAUCGGCUGUCUCCAUCUUCUCAAUCAAAACCUGGAUGCUGCGGAAAAGGCAUUUGAUUGCAGCAUACGCAAGGACGAGCAUCUGGCCAUUGCCUUCUUUCAAAGAGGAAUCACCUUCUACAGAAAGAAGAGGUAUGAAGAGAGUUUAGCUGAUUUCCAGAAAGCCCACAAAGCCCUAAGGGGCAACCAGCUGAUAGAUUACAAAGCACUCGGCCUCAGAUACAUAUUGUAUGCAUGUGAGGUUCUCCACAACAUGGCCCUGGCUGAGGCUCAGUUGGGAAACUGGGAGAAGGCCCAGCAAAACCUCGCGAAGGCUCUCGACUACAAAACAGAGUCCAAGCUCAACAUAAUCGACAAAGCUCUGCAGUCCAUCCUGAAGCGGAAACUUUUCAAACCGGUCGAGAUUCCAUCGAAGGUGUUUUUCAAACCAAAUAAGCACUAUGUCGCUGAGCUGGAGAAGAAGGACUACCUGGGUAAGGCCAAGGUUGUUGCCUCGGUUGUUCCACAAGAUGAAUUCUCUGGAUUUGCUCCAUUACAGCCACAGGUUGAAGAUGGUCCAGCUUGUCCAAAAGAACCCGAGGUCCUGAGGGCUUUAGAGGGAGAACCCCACAUUGUGCUGUUCGAGUUUGUUCCCGAGACCAGUGACGAGUUGGCUGUAGUGCCGGGCAAUAUUGUGUUCGUGCUGCAGAAGGGUGCAGACAACUGGGCAUCGGUGGUCUUCAAUGAACGAAGGGGACUUGUGCCUUACAAUUACCUGGAACGUUUGGAAAUCUCUGUGGCUUCCAAACAGAACAAGGCAACAACUGCACCUCCGAACCGAGAACCACCAACCAGGCCCGAAAGGAUACAAGGUCUUACCCCUAGCAACGGCAGCAGUGGAGGAAAAGCUCAACCUAAGGAGGCACGACGCACCGACAAUUCAUACAUUGUCAAAGUCCGCUUCACAUUCAACUUUGUUGUGUUAGUGCCACGUGGGGCUCCCUAUAAGAUGGUGGCUGAGAAAAUCAGUAAGAAGCUGAGUGUCCCCCCAAAAGCAAUCACCUUGAGUUUGACCUCUGAAGCAAGUGGGGAAAGCGUGAUCGACGCCAGCACAGACAUGGAGGACGUCUGGAGCCGUGCCAGGGAUGGAUACAUCACCCUGUGGUGUAACACCAAGGAGCAAACUGAUGGAAAACCCCAGACUGAGAUUCACUUGUUGGCUCUUCACUCCUAUGAGUCGUCAAAUCCAGAGGAUCUAAAUUUUCAACAAGGAGACACGAUCACUUUGCUCUCUAAAGUUAACCAGGAGUGGCUGGAAGGGAAGUUUAAUGGGAACACUGGUAUAUUUCCUGCAUCCUUUGUGGAGGAAGUUCCUGUGAACAGCCAGUGAUUUAUCUUAGUGAAAACCAAAAAGUUCAUGAACCAAAGCCAACAAGUUUUCUUCUUUUGUGAUUUACAAAAUAAAACAUGUUUAAUGAAAACCAUAAUCAUACAUACUUACAGUUUCCAGUGAUUACAAGUUGUAUACUAUACAUUUGGUGCAUUUGUUAAUUAAUAAAUAAUGUGUUGAGGA